AAAAACACGGAGGGUCUUGAUGAGACCCACUAACACGCAGAGAUGUGCUGAACGCUGAAGCAGCUGGAGUAUGUGUGCAUGAGAGGGAAACAGAACGGGGCAGUUAAGAAGAAGUAGAAAAAAAGACGAGGGGGAGAAAAAAAAAAGAAAGAACGGGAGAACUGCCAACUGGCAUACUUUGACUUAUUCAUCUCAGCUCUAAAAGUCUCAGGCAGCCCCAGACUGCCAACCACACGGACCAACAUCUCUCCUGCACUCUACAACUGCAGUAUGGGGUAUCUGUAAAAGGAGGAGAGAGUGUGUGCAGCAUACAGCUAGCAGCUGUUGUUUUGUUUUUGCUUUGAACUGUGUGUUCAUCUCCCAGGGUGUGUGAUAGUACAGGCUAAGUUCUCUUUGACUUUAAAAGCCAUGGGCCUGCAGAAUGGAGUAUCAUAUUGAUUUCUACAAACAUUUUGCCUGGCUCAGAAAGGAAAACCUCCGCACAAAUGCUAAUAGUGAGUCCUACCAGGAGCGGUUAUCACGUCUGGAGGGAGACAAAGAGUCACUAAUUCUGCAGGUGAGCGUGCUGACAGACCAGGUGGAGGCUCAGGGAGUGAAGAUCAGCGACCUAGAGAGUUCUUUGGUGGAGCAUCAGCACAAACUCAGCUGCACAGAAGAGAUGCUACAGCAGGAGGUCCUGCAUAGAACGUCACUGGAGAGCCAGAAGCUGAAUCUUUUGGGGGAGGUGUCCUACCUGAAACUGAAGCUGGCAGAUAUGGAGGGAAAGCAGGGCCACGGUGCUGAAAAGCAGCACAAAGCCGAGACUGUAGUGAAUUUCAUUAGUGAGCUGCAGGAGCAGAUGUGUCAGUUUCAGAAGGAGAUCAAUAGCAAGAUCCGGGAGAAAAAAGCCUUGGAGACGCCGGCUGACAGCGGGCUUCCAGUGGCGUGCCCCGCUGAGUCCACCGAGGGCCAGGGCUCAAACCACGAGGCGUGUUGUGACAAAACCUCAGGGGAGAUGCACAAGCUAGAGGAGGCAUCAGACGGGCCUGAUGGGAACACACACAGCCCGAGAGAGGGUAGCUCAGAUGCAGAGCGACGGUGCCGCUGCGGAGGAGAAAGUAUCUUACUGAAGGAACUCAGGACCCUCAAGGACAAAGUGGAGCACCUGGAGGAUCAGAAACUACAGUAUGAGAAGAAACUUAAAGCAACAAAGGCAGAGAUCAGCAGCCUGCAGCAGCUCCUGCUCAGUAAGAACGCGGAGAUCGAGAGCUUGCACACUCAGCUGUUAACCAGGCCCUGUUUAACCAGCGAGAGCUCAGACAGAGAUCAAGAGCUGCAGAGACUGAGGAGUGGAAUGAAGUCACUGAUAGCUGCCAAUGAUGAAAAGGACCGACGUAUUGAGGAGCUCACUCUGCUUCUUAAUCAGUGCAGACAAUUCAGAGAGGUCACUCACACAUCAAGGCAAGCUCCCUCUGCUGUUCAGUCAUUGUCAAACGGCCGCAGUCCAUCAGUCAGCAGUGAGGAAGGCAUGCAGGUGCUGAUGAAGAACGCCGACUCUGCCAGUGCAAAAUCUGAUGAUGUGAAGUCUGAAGUUUCAACAAACAGCCAUUCCUCCCAACCAGCAUCUCUGUCCUCAGUUGUGAAAGACAGUGACUCCAGAACCGAGCCAGAGACUUUAUCAACUAGUUCGAAUGACAUAACAAGCGGACAUUCACCAAAGAGUGUUCUUGGGGACAGCAGCAGAAGUCCAACUCUGCCAGUAAAUUCCUCGCUGCUGGAACAGAACGGGCUCGGAGACAGCAGCACGGAAACCCCGAGCCAAAGAUCUCCAGAUGGUAGCGAGGAUGGAGACUCCAGCCAAAGUAAAUCCACAAAUACAGCUUCACAGGGAAAGCUGGAGCAAUCUGAUGACGGCACAUCCAGCGAUAACUCUCCUGUUCAGUGUGGGGCGCAAACACAACCUGGCCAGCGAGGCGUGGGCUCUCCGGAGUACAUGAAGAAUAACAGGAGCUUCAAGAGACUCUGGGGGAAACUUCGAAGAACCCAGUCUGGAGGCUUCCAAGCAUCAGAUCCAGAUGGCGGCCAGUUUAGAAGAGGCGGCCUGCGCGCGACGGCAGGACCCAGACUGACCCGAACCCCUGAAUCUGACUCUGCACGUGAUAUGAAUAUUCCAUUCAGCCAAUGGUCCAAGGAGCAGGUGUGCGGCUGGUUAGAGGACUACGGACUGGGCCAAUAUGUCAAUCUCACAAGGCAGUGGGUUGAAAAUGGCCAGACGCUUUUGUCCGCCACGCCACAGGAUUUUGAGAAGGAGAUGGGCAUGAAGCAUCCGCUGCACAGGAAGAAGCUGCAGCUUGGUCUGAGGGCGUUCACCACCAAGGUCAUAGAGAAGUCCUCAGAGCUGGACUACAUCUGGGUCACUCGCUGGUUGGAUGAUAUUGGUUUGCCUCAGUAUAAAGACCAGUUCCAUGAAGCUCGAGUGGAUGGCCGCAUGAUACAAUAUCUUACAGUGAAUGAUCUCCUGACUCUAAAGGUCACCAGUCAGCUUCACCAUCUCAGUGUUAAAUGUGCCAUCCAUGUCCUCCACGCAAAUAAGUUCAACCCAAACUGUCUGCGGCGCAGACCAGGCGAGGAGAAACAGCCCUCUCCCUCAGAGGUGGUGCAGUGGUCAAACCACCGCGUCAUGGAGUGGUUAAGAGCAGUUGAUCUUGCUGAAUAUGCUCCUAAUCUACGGGGUAGCGGUGUUCACGGAGGCCUGAUUAUCCUAGAGCCUCGCUUCAGCUCAGAGACUUUGGCCCUACUCUUGAACAUUCCUCCACAGAAGACCUUGCUCCGCCGUCACCUGGCCACCGCCUUCGCCGCCCUGGUUGGGCACCAAGCCAUGCAGGAGAAGCGAGAGUAUGGCAACGCCACGGGCCACGUGCCCCUCACCACCACUGCAAAAGUGAAACCAAAGAAGCUGGGCUUCACCCAAUUUAGUCAUCUCAGAAAGAGGAAACCUGAUGAAUCUGCAGACUACAUCUGCCCAACAGACAGCGGAGCACUUACAGUGAAUGGAGUUUCUCGCCUGCCCUCCGCAGCGCACAGAGGCCUCAGCCCGUCUUUGGAGAGACAAGUUGAGAAGUGGGAACCGGUGGGGGCAAAAGCUCUAACUAAUGGGCCCAAACAUUAGUGUAAUUAAAAAAAAAAGCAAAAAAAAACCUUCUCACCCUCAGCUACUCUGUUAGUGAAUUUGUAAAUCAGUGAAAUAUUUAAUGUUGUUAUCGACGUACAAUGCAUGUAUGGGAUGAUUUGCCGGAUGGGCUGCAAAGAUGCAGCGUUUGUGUAGAAUAGAUGAUUUAAUUGCCGUUUAAUCAAAUGUUGCAUGAACAAUAUCCAUCUCAGAUCUGGAAUGAUUGAUGAUUUUGUUUGAAAUGUUUGAUGAAAGCUGCUCUCUGCAUUCCUUUUAUGGUUGGAUUCCAAAGCUGAUCUUCUGCUUUAAAAUGUCAUUUUAUCGACCGAAACUCUUGUAGGACUUUCUUGUAUAUUGGGAGUGUUUGUACAGCAUAAUAAUUGACACCAGCUACAUAAUGAUGGAUAUUUCAUUUAUUUUCUGAAUUUUGAUUCUUGACAUAUAUGCAGUUUUCUGCACUUUCGAAUAAAGCUUGUAUAUAAAUGAGA